GUAAGGGGACGUCCUUUGUUCCGUCUACUUAGAUCGACACAGAAACUGUUAAAUGGACCGUGGCUUGAAGCGCCGGCAGGUGAAGCCUCUUGCUGCCUCACUGCUGGAUGCCUUGGAUUACGACAGCUCGGAUGACAGUGACUUUGAAGUGGGUGACGCCUCAGGAUCAGAUGGCACAGGCAAUGGAAGUGAUGAAGAAGAGUCUAAAGGGAGUGCUGCAGGUUCAGACAGUGAGUCUGAUAUUAUCGGGUCUGCAGACGAUGGUAUAGAUGAGGAAGAGGCCAAAGAGUUGGCUGCUGACGACACUUUAACUGAGGAUGAGGAAAAAACCACUAAGUUGUCUUCAGAUGGCUCCACCAAAGACCCCCCUUCAGUGACCCCUAAGGGCCGACGCAAGAGUAAGAAGGCCCCAGAAACAGAGGCCACUGAUGCUGGCAGCAGUGGGAAUGGCUCUACCUCUGCAUCUGGUGCUGGGGCUGGGAAUGCAGAAGAGGGUCAGACAGAGCCCAAGAAGUGGAACUUCCGUAGGAACCGUCCCUUGCUGGACUUCACCACCAUGGAAGAGUUGAAUGAGAUGGAUGACUACGACAGUGAAGACGAUAAUGACUGGAGGCCCACAGCAGGGAAGAAGAAAGGCAAGACAGCUACUCAGAAAGGAAGAACUGAUGAGGAGGAUGGGGUUACUGCAAGUGAUGAUGACGAUGAUGAAAAUGAUGAUGAUGACGAAGAUGGUGAUAACAAGGAAGAUGGUGGCGGUAACAGUAGCAGUGAGAGUGACAAAGAGGUGAAGAAACCCAAGAAGAAGGCUAAGAGCAGCAGUGCAUUUGAUGAGGAGCUGACUAAUGACAGCAUGUCCCAGGGCAAGGGCAAUGAGGACGCCUCACUGGAUCGAACCCAGACCUGGAGCGCCCAACGGAUGGAGCACAUUAUGAUCUGCUGUGUGUGCCUAGGAGACAACAGUGAGGAUGCAGAUGAGAUCAUCCAGUGUGAUAACUGUGGGGUGACUGUGCAUGAAGGUUGCUAUGGCGUUGAUGGUGAGAGUGACUCCAUCAUGAGCUCGGCCUCGGAGAAUUCAACCGAACCUUGGUUCUGCGACGCAUGCAAGAAUGGGGUGACGCCCAGCUGUGAGCUGUGCCCUAAUCAGGACGGCAUCUUCAAGGAGACUGAUGCCGGGAGAUGGGUGCAUGUUGUAUGUGCACUCUAUGUUCCUGGAGUAGCAUUUGGAGACAUCGACAAACUGCGACCGGUGACCCUCACGGAGAUGAAUUAUUCCAAGUAUGGUGCAAAGGAGUGCAGCUUCUGUGAGGACGCUCGCUUUGCUCGGACCGGCGUGUGCAUCAGCUGCGAUGCAGGCAUGUGCCGGUCCUUCUUCCAUGUGACGUGUGCACAGAGGGAGGGGCUUUUGUCUGAGGCUGCAGCAGAGGAGGACAUUGCUGACCCGUUCUUUGCCUACUGCAAGCAGCAUGCGGACCGCUUUGACAGGAAAUGGAAAAGGAAGAACUAUUUAGCUUUACAGUCCUAUUGCAAAGCGUCCUUACAGGAGAGAGAGAAACAGCUUGCUCCCGAGGCACAGGCCCGUAUCACCGCCCGCCUGCAGCAGUACAGAGCGAAGGCAGAGCUGUCACGGAACACACGGCCGCAGGCCUGGGUGCCGCGAGAAAAGCUCCCGCGCCCUCUGACCUCUAGCGCCUCGGCUAUCAGGAAGUUGAUGCGGAAGGCGGAGCUUAUGGGCAUCAGCACUGACAUUUUCCCUGUGGACACGUCGGACACCAACGCAAGUCUGGAUGGACGCAGGAAACAUAAGCAGCCCGCCUUAACAGCAGACUUCGUCAACUAUUACUUAGAGCGGAACAUGCGGAUGAUCCAGAUCCAGGACAACAUCUCGGAGCAGAAGAACCUGAAAGACAAGCUGGAGAGCGAACAGGAAAAGCUGCACGUGGAAUACAAUAAACUGUGUGAGUCUCUGGAAGAGCUGAUGAGCGUCAACGGCGAGCUGAGGAGUGAAGGCCAGGCUAUGUGGACUCUACUGGGGGGCAUCCUGGGCCAGAAGCUGAAUGCUCCAGCUGUUUUAAAAGCACCCAAAGAGAGGAAGCCCAGCAAAAAGGAGGGCGGAGCCCCAGGGAAGUCAUCCAGUUUACCAGCAGUCCUCUACAGUUGUGGGAUCUGUAAGAAGAACCAGGACCAGCACCUGCUGCUGCUCUGUGACACCUGUAAGCUGUACUACCACCUGGGCUGCCUGGAGCCUCCGCUCACACGCAUGCCCAAGAAGACCAAGAACAGCUACUGGCAAUGCUCGGAGUGCGACCAGGCCAGUAGCGAUGAGGCAGAUAUCGCCAUGGAGACGCUACCCGAUGGCACCAAGAGGUCAAGGAGGCAGAUCAAAGGACCAAUCAAAUUCAUCCCACAGGAGAUGUCGCCGGAGCCCAAGAAACACCAAGUGAGAGGCACGAGAACCAGGGGGCAGAAGAGGAAGAGGGUGCCCAUCUGUGACGACAGAGAGGAGAAGUUCGAGGAACCACCGCCACGGGAGCGCCGCCAGCGGCAGUCUGCAGUCCAGAAGAAACCCAAAGCUGACGACAUGCGCACCGAGUGCACAACCUGCAAAGGGCCCGGCGACAACGAGAACCUCGUGAGAUGUGACGAGUGCAGCCUCUGCUACCAUUUUGGAUGUCUGGACCCUCCCCUGAAGAAGUCCCCCAAACAGACAGGAUACGGCUGGAUCUGUCAGGAGUGUGACACGUCCUCCUCCAAGGAGGAAGAGGAGGAGCACCAGGAGGAAGAUGACUCUGUCAAAGAGGAAACGGCAGAGCACGAGAUCCAAACUGAGUGAUGUGAGUUUUGUUCCUACGGGCGUCGUAAGCCAAUGCCAGUCCGGUCCGGUCCCAGGAUUCCUGUUCCAGAAGAUAGCACACAUUAACCUGCUCCUCGUGUCACUCCGUCUCGAUGUUUCUAGACAACCAGCAGAGGUAGUUCACUCCCACUAGCAUAGAGAGCAGAGACGCAGCAUAUUUUAGAAGAGAAUGUAUCUACGUGGUGGUGUGGUAGGUUGCCGGGUAGAGUUUCCAGUGAAAAGGGCUCACGGUGUAAGGCAGAAGGUAGAGGCAGGAAGCUUUCUUCUGUCCACAUCUUCUGUCCACAUCUUACUGACGCAGCACAUCAGUGUAUGCAGAGGCAUUUUCUGUGUGCAGCGCCCCCUGAUGGAUGGGUGUUUUCAGGGGCACACACCACUAGUUAUCCCGAGCGUAGCCAAACGCAUGGGGAAGUGUCUGGUAGGACGUGUCCGACUGUUAAGGCCAAACUCCUGAUGUAUUUACGAGUCUGACCAGAUGUUUCCCGCGCGAUCUAUUUUCCUACACUAACAACACUCCGCAUCCCCGUACCGCCGUCCUGUUUAGCACACGAAGCCACGGAGACUCCUCACGAGGCCCUCACGCCAGCCUGAUCUCUCGUUCUUCUGAUGUUUUGUGCUUUAUUUUUCUACAUGUUUCCUGUCCUGGAAACAGUCGCUGAAUAAGAACAUCUCAUGUUAUUUUCUUAAAAGGAAACGGUCCCAAUCAUGUUUUGUUUGGAAGGUUAGGGAUACCUCGUUCUAGGAGUUUUGCUUUUCUGGUUGUGUUGUUGUUUCUGUAUGUAAGUUCCCCUUUUCCUAUGGGUUUAAAGUGUUGGAGUGCUGCACACCAGUUCAUCUCUACGUUUGGUUUGUAAGAAAAUGAUCCAUUUUCAGCUUUGGAGGAAGGCGUUUUAAUCAGAGUUUGUAUUUAGAUACUUUGUAACUGUUCCCGUGUUUUGGGACGUUCUUUAUGCGGGCGGCGCUUGUGGGCCAGGUGAAAUAGAACGCGUGACCGGCUCUCUGGUCGUCACCACGCACCGUGCCGUCACGCACCGUGCCGUCACGCAAGUCAACGUCAGACACGUGGCCACCGUGAAUUCAUGAGCGGCUCGUCACGUGAGUUCACGAGCGGCCCGUCACGUGAAUUCAUGAGCGGCCCGUCACGUGAAUUCAUGAGCGGCCCGUCACGUGAGUUCAUGAGCGGCUCGUCACGUGAGUUCACGAGCGGCCCGUCACGUGAAUUCAUGAGCGGCUCGUCACGUGAGUUCACGAGCGGCCCGUCACGUGAAUUCAUGAGCGGCUCGUCACGUGAGUUCACGAGCGGCCCGUCACGUGAGUUCACGAGCGGCCCGUCACGGCAGCCCAAACGAGCUGCAGCACCUCAAACUACCGCAUGAACCGUGUUUAACCAGUGAGCCAAAACUCGCAUUUUUAUUUCACCUAGUCCACAACGACUGUCAGAGUAAAAAGCCGUCAUAAGAAGCCAUUCCAAAAGAUGGAAUUAUCCUUUAAAGUGCCAAUAAAGCUGAAUU